AUGGGGGUGUGUGGUGGAGGCGGAUCAGUGGGCGUGUCCCCUCCAUCAGCAGCUCAUUGCAUAGUCCACGCUCUCAGGCCAGCUGACGUGAAGGUCGUGGCGGCCAUUGGAGACUCCCUCACGGCGGGUAACGGGAUCGGCUCCAAGCCCAGUAACGUGGUGGAUGUGCUGAAGCAGUACAGAGGCCUCUCGUGGAGCAUCGGAGGAGACAAGUCCCUGGAGACGGUCACCACUCUGCCCAAUAUCCUGCGGAAGUUCAAUCCUCAAUUGAUGGGCUUCUCCACUGGCACUGGGGGCGCCAGCAAACCAGGAGCCGCCUUCAACCAGGCUGUGCCAGGCUCCACGGCAGAAGAUUUGCUCGAGCAGGUCCAGAAACUGGUGACCCUCAUGAAAGAAGACAAGAAAGUGAACUUCACCCAAGACUGGAAGAUCAUCACCGUGUUUGUGGGUGGCAAUGACCUGUGUGACCACUGCCAUGAUACGGUCCCUCAUUCUGCUAAGAAUUUUGCCCGCCAGGUCCAAGCUGCCCUGGACAUUCUGCACAGUGAAGUGCCCCGUGUGUUUGUCAACCUGGUGAAUGUUCUGCAUGUCAUCCCACUGAGGAGCUUUCACCAGGACAGCAGCCUCAAGUGUCCCACCAGCCUGGUGAAAAUUCUCUGUCCCUGCGUGGUGAAGCCACGAGAAAACUCAACGGAGCUUCAUGGCCUGGCGACGCUCAACAGGGCUUAUCAGGAAGCUCUUCAUGCCCUUGUGAGCUCUGGUCGCUAUGACACCAGUGACGACUUCACCGUGGUGCUGCAGCCCUUCUUCCGAGAUGUGCCAACCCCACUGACAGAGGAUGGCCGCCCUGAUCGCUCCUUCUUCUCCGCCGACUGCUUCCAUCUCAGCCAGAAAAGCCACUCGCAGAUGGCACGGGCGCUCUGGAACAACAUGCUGCAGCCGGUGGGCCACAAGUCUGAACUGAAGAACCUCUCCGAGUUGGUCCCUCUGUCCUGCCCUUCACAGGAUGAACCUUUCCUCAGAACCUACAAGAACAGCAACGCCAGCUACCCUGAACCCGAAGCGACACAGCCCCCCAACAAGGACUGGGGAAGUGACCUCAUCUGCCCUGAUAUGCUGCCAUCAGAGAAUGUCCCCACAUCAGCACACAAGCUGCGGCCUGCAGACAUCAAGGUGGUGGCGGCACUCGGAGACUCCCUCACGGCUGGCUUUGGCAUUCGAGCACAGAACUUGGUGGAGCUGAAUAAGGAGUGGCGGGGGCUCUCCUGGAGCAUCGGCGGGGAAGACGCCUUGGACACGGUGACCACACUGCCCAACAUCCUGCGCCAGUUCAACUCGGAGCUCGUCGGCUUCUCCUUGGGCAUCGGCAAAGAGCAGAGCCACUUCAACAUGGCGGUGUCGGGGGCCAAGGCAGCGGAUGUCCCAGCGCAGGCGCGCCGUCUGGUCCAGAGGCUUCAGGAGAGCCAGGUGAAUUUCCAGGAGGACUGGAAGCUGGUGACGCUCUUCAUUGGAGGCAAUGACCUGUGCCAGUACUGUCUGGACCGGGAGACUCUGUCCUGGCAGAACUACGUGGGGCACAUUCAGGAGACCCUGGACAUCCUGUACAGCGAGGUGCCGCGGGUCUUUGUCACCCUGGUGGAGAUCUUGGAGAUCGAAGGCCUCCGGCGAAUCAAAGGCAGCGGUCUGGGCUGCACGCUGCUGCAAAGGCAGUUGUGUCCGUGCUUCUUAAUCCCAGGACCGGACUCGCUGGAGCUGAUGGAGGCCCGCAUGCUGAACCGUUACUAUCAGGUGGAGAUGGAGAAGAUGGUCUACAACGGUCGCUACGACGGCAGAGAGGACUUCGCUGUGGUCAUCCAGCCCUUCUUCCGCAGCUCCUUCAUUCCACUGGCUGACGAUGGCACGCCGGAUGUCAGGUUCUUUUCAAUGGAUUGCUUCCACUUCCGUGAGCGCGGCCAUGCCAUGAUGGCCAUCUCCCUGUGGAAUAACAUGCUGGAGCCCGUAGGCCAGAAGACGGCAUUCAACAACUUCACCUACGAGCGGCGCGGGCUCAAGUGCCCCAGCCAGGUCAAGCCCUACUUCUUUACAAAGAGAAACAGCUUCCCACUCCCCCCAGUCCAGCCGGCUGCUCCCAGUGACGGGAUUCCUUCUUGGACUGCGGUAGUGGCGGCCAUCGGGGGAGUGCUGGUGGGCGCCAUGGGCAUCGGCCUCAUACUGGCAUGCAAGGGCAGGCAGAGACGGAGAGUUCAGCAGAAGGCAAAGCAGAUGUGUGCCACUCCCCUGUGAUGGACUGUGUUUGAGGAGACCACCAAGGAGGGAGGAGGAGCCUUCAGGGUCACUUUGAUCCCUUCGUGUUGGUGACCGACCUGAAGAGAUGUCACACUAGGACACUUUUACUGGGCAGGCAGGACUGCAAUUC